GACUUCCACCGGGCUGCGGCGCCCGUCUGCGAGCAGCCCGCGAGGCGAAGAGCACGCUCCAGCUCAGACUGCAGCCAGACGAACCCCUUCGUCUCCGUGAAGGAGGUGUUGGAGGGCGGUCCUUCGGCGUGCAUGGUGUCCCUGGAGCCGUUUGCGUGCAAGAGCAGGGCGGGCGACGCCGGCGAGGGCGACGCUGGGGAGGCGACGACCUCGGCCUCCCUGCAGGCGCACACGUUCCACAUGCAGACCAACGGGGACGUGCGCGUCAUCCAGACGGGUGUCAUCAGGGCGGGCAAGGAUGCCAAGGGCAACGGCGUCGUGGUUCCUGAUGGCAUGUCCGACGAGCUCGACGAGUUCACCAAGAAGCAUACCUCUGCUGACGGGGUGCGCUGCCUCACCGAGAAGCUGGGUACCAUCCAGUCUCAGCUCGGCAGCAUGGUGGGCUCUGCCGUCUCCAAAGCAACUGCUCCGAUCGAGCAGAAUUUCACGAAGCACCUCGCUGACUGCAUGCGCAAGUGCCAGGAGGAGUUCGACGCCCUGCCCAAGAAGCUGGACAGGUCCAUCCUCGACGUGGUCAACCCCCAGAUUGACCAGCUGCGCAGGGAGUUCUCCCAUAGCUGCGAUGACAUGCAGGCGGCGCCAGGCGAACACUCGUCCAAGAUCGACCACGGUCGCAAGCUCCUCGGGUUGGCUGACAAGGUGAAGCUGCUACAGGAGUAA